AAUAGCCUCAUCAGCUAGUUAUCCCUCAUCAACUUCACAUUCAGUUCUGUUGUGUAAUUAGCAAUAGCAAUGGCAGUCCAAGUCCAAGGCAGUGUUUUGGGCAACACCAACAUCCUCCUUUGCCUCUCUAAGGCUCCCUCUCCACCAUUCCCAAUGCUUAUUCCCCUACGCCUGCACAAGGCCAAGAGGUGCUGCUUUGUUGCAGCUCAUUCCACAAGCUCCACGCCAUUAAGCAGUAACCAUCGAGAAAGCGGUCGUCCGUUGGCCAACUUUCCCCCAGACAUAUGGGGUGAUCGUUUCCUCACUCUUUCCUUUGAUAUCUCGGAACUUGAUCGGUGCUCAACACAAGUUGAAGUGUUGAAAGAAACGGUGAAGGAUAUGUUAAUGGCUUCUACAACAGAUCCUUUACACAAUAUUCUUUUGAUAAAUUCCUUAUGCCGCCUAGGAGUAUCCUACCACUUCGAGACCGAAAUAGAACAACAAUUAGCUCAUUGUUUUGAUACAUUAAGUCAACUCAUUCAUAACAAUGAUUUUAAUUUGCACGAAACUGCAAUCAUGUUUCAAGUUUUCAGAUCUCAUGGUUAUAAUAUGUCUCCUAAUAUUUUUAACAAGUUCAAGGAUGAGAAUGAUGAGUUCAAAGUUAAAAAUACAAAAGAGCUGAUAAGUUUAUAUGAAGCUUCCCAUUUUAGAAUAAAUGGUGAACUCGUUCUUGAUGAAGCUUGUGCUUUCACAACAUCACAAUUGAAGUCCAUGGUAAGCCGAACAAGUCCACCCUAUGCCCAAUACAUCGAAAAUGCCCUCUAUUGUCCCUACCAAAGAGGGCUUCCAAGACUAGAAGCAAGGCAAUAUAUAUGUUUUUGCGAAAAAGAUGAAGAUGGUGAUGAAGCAAGGAAUGAUACGUUACUAAAGUUUGCUAAGUAUGAUUUCAAUCGGAUCCAAAUGAUGCAUCAACAGGAACUAAGCAACCUUUGUAGUGAGUGGAAAGAACAAAAUAUGGAAUCAAGGCUUCCACAUGCAAGAAGUAGAAUCGUGGAGUGCUUUUUCUCGGCGAUAGCGGUUUAUUUUGAACCAUGUUAUGCACGUGCUUGCAACAUGUAUGCUAAACUGGUAUCAACCUUAGUACUCACUGAUGAUACGUACGAUGCCUAUGGUACCUAUGAAGAACUCCAAUAUUUCACCGAUGCAAUCCAAAGAUUUGAUAUUGGUGUUAUAGAUGAACUUCCAACAAAUUACUUGAAAAUUGUUUACGAGACUAUCUUAAAUAUUCACAAUGAAGCUGAGGAUAAGAUGAGAAAGGAAGGGAGAUCUUAUGCCAUUUCUUACACUAUAAAUGAGUUCAAGAAAUUAGCAGAAGCCUAUUUUGUUGAGCGACGUUGGGUGCAUAGAAGUUAUGUGCCAACAUUUGAUGAGUAUAUGGACACUGCAAUGACGUCAAGUGCAGGCCUUGUUUCAGUCUGUCAAGCCUUGAUAGGAAUGGAAGAAGCAGAUGAAAUUGCAUAUCAAUGGCUGAUCAAAACUGAUAACAAACUUCAAAAAACCGUCAACAAAAUUGGUCGUCUCUACGAUGAUCUCUCAACUAAUGAGGCUGAAGAAAAGAGGGGACUGGUUUGUGGAACCAGUUGUUACAUGAAACAAUAUGGUGUUACAAGACAGGAAGCGGUCGAAGCUUACAGGGAAAUGAUUGAGGUUGCUUGGAAAGACAUGAACGAAGGUUGUCUUAAACCAAUGCCUGUCUCAAACAAAAUUGCGGUGCGAGCUCUUAACAUUGCACGUUUAGUUUUGGUUCUUUACAAGAAAGACGAUGGAUUGACAAGGCCUGAACUAUCUUUGAAAGAUGCCAUCGCCAAAGUGCUCAUUCAUCCCAUACCCCUUUAACCAACUUUAUAUCUAUUUAUUUUACGCCACUUUGCCAUUAAAUCAAGCCUUGCAACAGCUUCUCAGAGAAAUUCAUACUCGGAUUGGUUGUAUGGUGUAAACAUCCCUCCCCCACCAAGCCAUUAGCCAUUCUCAGAUUCUUGGAAUAUUAAUCAUAUAUACAUAAUUAUGAAAAUAUGUAAAACUAAAAUAGUUUGCAUUAAUUUAAGUAGAUUUAGUUUAUUGAA